CUAAUAAUAUCAAGUUUACCUGACUUCGUUACGGUCUUUAAAAACAACACCCUUAAAAAGGCCCCCUACCCUGUUCUUUUCUCAGAUUCCAUCUUCAUCGCCUGCUAAUAUAAUAAGCAUGAAAAAUUUUCUUUCUAAUCUGUAGCGAAGUAAGAUUUAUAAUUCAAUUCGAUGCUCCCUUUCUUCCUCUUCCUCCAUCUCCUCUUCUCUUUUACUUCAGCCGUGAACUCAGCAGCUUAUACCCCAACCGAUUAUAUUCUCCUCGACUGUGGUGCACCAUCAUCAUCAAGUCUAGUAUCCGAAGAUGGGCGGAAAUGGAUCACUGAUGAAAGGUCCAAAUUCGCUACCUCUAAUUCCGAGAACGCUUCAUCUAAUUUCAGAGCCACCAGGCAAGAUCAUUCUGUUACUCGAGUUCCUUACAUGACUGCUAGAGUUUUUCAUGAUAAAUUCACUUACAGCUUUCCAGUAUCAGCUGGUCUCAAAUUUCUUCGUUUUUAUUUCUACCCGGUUCAAGACUCUGGCUUUGAUGGAGCCACUUCUUUCUUCUCUGUUACCGCUAAUAAUCACCUUCUCCUGAAAAACUUCAGUGCCUAUUUAGCUCUUUCUGCUGAGGAUGGUCAGCCAGCCUCGUUGAUCAAAGAGUUUAUGGUACCUUGUUUCGGAACCGAGAAGCUGAUUGUCACCUUUUCGCCAUCGCCCAACUCUUUAGCCUUUGUAAACGGUAUUGAAGUUGUUUCCAUGCCGAAGGAAUUGUAUGUAAAACACCAAGAAGACUCUGUAUCUUUUGUAAAUAGUAAAAUUCCCUUCGACAUUCCUGAUGCUACUGCUUUCGAAACUGUUUAUCGUCUAAACGUUGGUGGAGGAGCCGUGGAAAACGUGAAUGACACCGGAAUGUUUCGAACUUGGCGGGAUGAUUCGCCUCAUAUAUUUGGAGCUGCAUUGGGAAAUGUUCCUAGUCGGUCCAACGUUAGAAUCAAUUACACCAACGACACCCCGGCUUAUACAGCUCCGGCUAUUGUCUACACCACGUCAAGAACUAUGGGGCGAGAGCCACAUAUCAAUGAGAAUUACAAUCUCACGUGGAACUUCCAGAUUGACGGUGGCUUCCGUUACCUCCUUAGGCUUCAUUUCUGCGAGACUCAAUUGGAAGUAACGAAGGCAGGCCAACGUGUCUUUAACAUAUUCAUAAACAAUCAAACUGCACAGCAUGAUGCCGAUGUCAUAUAUUGGAGUGGUGGUAACAACAUCCCGGUGUAUAAAGACUAUGUUUUGUUGAUUCCAAAUGAAGGUCAAAGAAAGCAAACACUAUGGCUGGCUUUACACCCUAGCGAAGAUGUUCUUGCAAUAUAUCGUGAUGCAAUCCUCAACGGUCUAGAGAUCUUUAGACUCAGCAAUUUAGACGGUAGUCUUGCUGUGCCAAAUCCUGAACCAAGUUUGAGUGUUUCACCACCGUUGCCCAGCGUCCCGAAAAAGAAAAAGGGGUGUUCACUAGUUAUGAUCAUUACCAUAGCUGUCUUUAGUGGCGGAUUUGCUCUUUCUCUCAUCAUAUGCGUUUUCAUUUACAAGCAUAAAGUUAGGAGAGUAAAGGAUUUAGCUGUCAGCGAACCAAAAUCAUCAUGGGCGCAACUACCUUGCCCAUCAAACUCCACAUGUGCUACCAGCGUUUCCUUACUACCGUCCGAUCUUUGUCGUCGGUUUUCGAUCGUCGAGAUUAAAGAAGCCACCUUGAAUUUCGAUGAGCAAUUCAUUAUCGGGUCAGGAGGAUUUGGUCACGUAUAUAAAGGUUGCAUUGAUGGCGGGUCGACUACGGUGGCCAUCAAAAGGUUGGAUUCGUCAUCAAGGCAAGGGAUCCGGGAGUUCCAAACUGAACUCGAGCUACUCUCCAAGCUACGCCAUGUCAAUCUCGUGUCCUUGAUUGGUUUUUGUGAUGAUCUGGGGGAGAUGAUACUCGUCUAUGAGUACAUGGCUCGGGGGACCCUUCGUGAUCAUCUUUACAAAACGAAGAACCCUCCUUUACCGUGGAAAAGGAGACUGGAAAUAUGUAUUGGAGCUGCCCGUGGAUUGCAGUACCUUCACGCAGGUGUGAAGCAGGCAAUCAUCCACCGGGAUAUCAAAUCAACCAACAUACUAUUGGACGAGAACUGGGUGGCCAAGGUUUCUGACUUUGGAUUGUCUAGACUGGGUCCAACAGACAUGUUUCAAAGCCAUGUGAGCACUGUAGUCAAGGGAAGCGUUGGGUAUGUGGAUCCUGAAUACUACCGAAAGCAACAGUUGACUGAGAAAUCCGACGUUUACUCGUUUGGUGUGGUUUUAUUCGAAGUAUUAUGCGCUCGACCGGCAAUGAUUCCAGGGCUACCAAAGGACCAAAUCAGCCUUGCUCGAUGGGCCAAGAUUUGCCUGAAAAGAGGAAGCCUUGAAAGCAUUGUGGACCCCAACUUGAUGGGUGAUAUUUCACCAUUGUGCCUAAAGAAAUUCGGGGAGCUUGCGGAGAGUUGUAUCAAAGAUGAAGGAAUAGAGCGGCCAAUCAUGAAUGAAGUGGUUUGGGGGUUAGAAUUUGCAUUGCAAGUGCAAGAGAGUGGGAACAUGAACAUCGUCUACAUGGAAGGUGGCGAUGAGGUGAUGAAGUCCUUCAGCAGCCAAACCAGUCCAUUGAAGCCGGGAAGAGGAGGAGGAGGAGGUACUACCACGGACGAUGAUAACGAAGAGUUGUUUAGUGUUUCAGGUGGGAAAGCGUCGGAAUCAGGGAGCACGAUUAGCAGUGUAGGAAGGAGUGUUACACGAGGUGAUCUUGAUAGAAUCAAAUCUGAGACUGUCUUCUCUGAGAUUAUGAAUGCAAAGGGGAGAUAAGUGUUAGAAUGUAACACUCAAAUAUUACAUACUAGAUGCGCAUUAUUUACAUGAGUGUAAGUACAAAAUAUUUAGUGGAUAUUUUCUUUUAUUUGAUAAAUUCAUUAUAAUUUUGAAUACAAAAAUUUAGUUCUCAUAAAA